GAUUCCAUGUGCGUUUCAUAAGGCCAGAGAGCCAGCUAAGACUUUAACUGAAUGCGCUGCUCUCCUUUACAUCAUUUUGUAACAAUGCGGGACAGUGACAUCCACGGCGUCUCUUUCUAGAAUUGUCAAAGGAAUUGGUUUGGAACUGGCGCGAUGUUUUUCUCGUUGGGAUCGGUGACAGCUCUAGUGGCUGGCAUUUUCGCCCUACACGUUGUACAGAAACUGUGUUUCCCUUACUUUUGGAAGGAUGUUUUUUAUUUAGUGAAAGUCAUCCGAUACGGCGCACGUCUGGAGAUAUUCAAAAUUACUUCAAAAGUUGUCACUAUCAUUGACAGAUUCGUCCAACAGGCAGAGCGAAUUCCCACAAAACCUUUCCUUAUAUAUGAGGGAAUAACGUACACCUAUCAAGACAUUAACGAGCGGAGCAACAAAUUGGCGAAUGUCUUCCUCGAGCAGGGCACGUUGAAGAAAGGGGACUCCGUUGCGCUUCUGAUGAACAAUGAGCCCGACUUCAUCUGUGUUUGGUUCGGAUUGAUCAAACUCGGAUGUGCAGUGGCCUUUCUAAACACAAACAUUAAGUCCAGAUCGUUGCUACAUUGUUUCAACUGCUGUGGGGCCAAGACUCUUGUUGUUGGUGCAGACCUGUUGGACUCCUUGGAGGACAUCUUGCCCAGCUUCCUGGAGGACAACAUCUCGGUGUGGGCCAUGAAGAACGAGAGCAGCCACACGGAGGUCCAGACACUGCUAGAUAAGAUGGACAAGGCGUCGGACAAGCCCACCCCGCCUGCCCUGAGGGCUACCACCUCCCUCAAGGCCGCCACCCUCUACAUCUUCACCUCAGGAACCACUGGUCUGCCUAAGGCUGCGGUCAUCACACACCUCCAGUCCCUGAAGGCUGCAGCAGGGUUCUGGGCCUACGGUGGGUCGGAAGAUGACGUGGUCUACAUCCCCCUGCCUCUCUACCACAGUGCAGCCUCUCUCAUCGGUGUCGGGGGAACCAUCGAGAUGGGCGCUACCUGUGUCUUGAAGAAGAAGUUCUCAGCCUCACAGUUCUGGAAUGACUGUAGAAAAUACGACGUGACCAUCUUCCAGUAUAUCGGCGAGCUCUGUCGAUAUCUGUGCAAUCAGCCUAAGGCCGAGGGGGAGAAGAAGCACAAGGUGCACAUGGGUGUGGGAAACGGGCUCCGGCAGGACGUGUGGCGGGAGUUCCACCGACGUUUCGGCGAGAUCCGCAUGUGCGAGCUCUACGGCUCCACAGAGGGCAACCUGUGUUUCAUGAACCACAUCGGCAAGAUCGGAGCAGUGGGCCGCUCCAACUUUUUCUACAAGCUCCUCUUCAAGUAUGACCUGGUAAGGUAUGACAUGGUACGAGAUGAGCCAGUCAGGAACAGCCAGGGCUUCUGUCAACACGUUAACAAGGGUGAGACGGGUCUUCUCUUGUCCAAGAUUGGCGCCUCCAGUCCCUUCUUUGGCUACGCGGGGAGCAAACAGCUGACCGAGAAGAAGUUGAUGAGGAACGUGUUCGUGAAGGGAGACGCGUACUUCAACACUGGAGACCUCAUGGCUGAAGAUGCUGAGGACUUUAUCUGUUUCAAGGACCGAGUGGGGGACACUUUCCGGUGGAAGGGUGAAAACGUGGCAACAACAGAAGUGACGGAGGUGCUCGGACUGGUAGACUUUAUCCAAGAGGCCAAUGUCUAUGGGGUGGAGAUUCCAGGAAAUGAGGGAAGAGCCGGAAUGGCCGCCAUCAUCGUGAGGCCUGAAUGUGAGUUUAGCGGGAAGAAGCUAUUUGACCACGUCCUCAAUGAUCUACCAGGCUAUGCUCGUCCUCUCUUCAUAAGGCUUCAGGAAUCAAUGGAGAUGACGGGAACCUUCAAGCAGCAGAAAUUCAAUCUAGUGAAGAGUGGAUUCAACCCUUCAACAAUCUGCGGCCCUCUCUAUUUCCUGGAUUUCUCCGAGAAAAGCUACGUUCCCCUCACGAACACGCUGUACAGCAGCAUUUUGGCUGGCGAGCGGAAGCUAUAGUGGUUAACCGUAGCUAAAACCACCAACCCAUUUGGUUCACUGAGACGGUGGCAGCAUAGUUGUGCCGUUUCGAAGAGGGACCGAGAGACCGUCAAUUGGGUCUAUUCCUAAUUGUGUAUAAUGUAUGAAAUUGUGUCGUAUGAGUGGUCGGGAUCAACAGAGUGGGUUAAUGAUGAAUAGGGGGGGGGGGGUCAGUCUUAUAUUGAUGGGGGUGUAAAUUGUGCCUCAUCUGAUUUUAUUAUUAUUUUUACUUUAAAAAAUUUCUGUUUUCCUCUCUGGCUUCCAGAUCUAUUGUCAAGACCGUUCAGCUGAGAAGGCUAAAUUGACUUGAGACCAGUGAACCUCAACAAUCAGCACUUCCACUGUCCGUCUGUGCCAUUUUUAAUUUGCGGAUGGGGUGUCAUAAAGUGUCACUAGUUCCUCGUUGAAAUAAAGACGAAUGGCAGACUAAAUAGAGGCGUCGUGUGUUUUGAGGCACCGAUGACCACAUUCUGGCCACCCAAAAUUCUUCGUUCUGACCUACUACACUAACCAACGUAGAUAUGAACUUUUAAUAUCAGAAACGGUCCAUACGCUUUGCUACAAAUAGUAGUAAUUAUUUUUUAAAUUUUAAUUGUAUUUAUUUUAUACAUAUAGUUAAGGCUCAUAAUUUAAACCAAAGUAGGUGCGCUUCACAAAAGUAAAUUUGUUAGGUGUCGUCCAGUAACUGUGUUGAGAGAGUACAGUCCACUGGCACAGCACUAGUUUAUUAAGGGCAUCAUGCACUAUUUCUUGUUUUCAACAGUUUGCCAGUUAGUCAUUAUCAUCUUGUGUUACUCUGAGAUGUAACCAGACCCAGGUCCAAGUAGUCUUUAUUUCCUUACUUGUACUUUUGUACCUGUUCCAGUGAUUCCAUUGUACGACCACCUCAAGAAAACAAGUACUAUUUGAACCCGGGGGUCUGAAUGUGAUGCAAAGUGAUUAUAUUUACUGUCAAAUGACAGCUGAGAAGUUUGUCAGGGAUUCUUUUAAGGGUCCAAUUCAGUCAAACCAGUGUUUGCCUUAUCCCCUCAAUAAAAUAACAAUGUGGUACUGUAAAAUACUAGCCUGAGGGCCAUUCUGUUGGUGCUAUCAUGCCAACUCCUUGUCAGCCAAUGUCAUGCCAAUACUUGUCAUAUUUGACUUGCAAUGGAGUUGGCAAGAGCACAAACAGGUCUGAGACCAGGCUAUAGAAGGAGACAACAGAUCUGGGACCAGGCUAUAGGAGGAGACAACAGAUCUGGGACCAGGCUAUAGGGGAGACAACAGAUCUGGGACCAGGCUAUAGGAGGAGACAACAGAUCUGGGACCAGGCUAUAGGAGGAGACAAACGAUCUGGGACCAGGCUACAGGAGGAGACAAUAGAUCUGGGACCAGGCUAUAGAAGGAGACAACGGGUCUGAGACCAGGCUAGUAAAAGAACAAGCAAGCCACCUCUUAUAAGUAGAUGCUCCUAGCUUUGUAAUUAGGCAUCUGGGUAGUUGGCCUCAUUUAUGCAGUAUCUCUACUUACUAAGGCAUGUUUGAGGCUAAGGCAGGUUUGACUGAAUUCAGCCCUUUGUUUAAGAGUUUUCUAUGUAUAGGUAUUGUUAAUUUGUACAGCUAUUUGAACUAUGUUUUGGUGAAGAAGACUAUAGUUUACAAUGUCAAAUGUUGAAUUCAUUGAGAUGAUCAAGUCCCUAUGAUUAAUCUAGCUGGGACUAUAAUAUAAUUGUCAUAUAAUUUAAGCACAAUGAAUGAUUGCAAUGAAGUUAUUUUGCGCAGUGUGUGAAAAUCUGCGAUUUUUAGGUUGUCUGAUACCUCUUGUUUUGAUUUCCUGUUUGGACAGCCAAACACAUUUAUUUCACUUUGAUUAUUUAAAAUGUUGAAUAUUUGGUCAAAUGGUGUUUAAACAGCAUUUGUUGUUUAUCAUUUUAAUUUGAUAGUAUUUAAUUUGGGUGAAUGUGUGUCUAGUGCUUGUGUGCCCAAUACAUCAACACUUUCAAAUGCAGAUUUCAGAGUUAUAUGGACCACCAUUUUCAACUUUUCCUUCAGACACUUAUAGUGAUACUAGUGCCACCAGAUUCAAUUUCCUUAUACAAAUUCAAUAGCAUUACAUUUCCUUAUACAAAUUCAAUAGCAUUACAUUUCCUUAUACAAAUUCAAUAGCAUUACAUUUCCUUAUACAAAUUCAAUAGCAUUACAUUUCCUUAUACAAAUUCAAUAGCAUUACAUUUCCUUAUACAAAUUCAAUAGCAUUACAUUUCCUUAUACAAAUUCAAUAGGAUUCAAUUUCCUUAUACAAAUUCAAUAGCAUUACAUUUCCUUAUACAAAUUCAAUAGCAUUACAUUUCCUUAUACAAAUUCAAUAGCAUUACAUUUCCUUAUACAAAUUCAAUAGGAUUCAAUUUCCUUAUACAAAUUCAAUAGCAUUACAUUUCCUUAUACAAAUUCAAUAGCAUUCAAUUUCCUUAUACAAAUUCAAUAGCAUUACAUUUCCUUAUACAAAUUCAAUAGCAUUACAUUUCCUUAUACAAAUUCAAUAGCAUUACAUUUCCUUAUACAAAUUCAAUAGGAUUCAAUUUCCUUAUACAAAUUCAAUAGCAUUACAUUUCCUUAUACAAAUUCAAUAGCAUUACAUUUCCUUAUACAAAUUCAAUAGCAUUACAUUUCCUUAUACAAAUUCAAUAGCAUUACAUUUCCUUAUACAAAUUCAAUAGGAUUCAAUUUCCUUAUACGAAUUCAAAAUUAUUCAAUUCAGAUUCAAUUUCUGGUGUCAUUUGUCAUCUUUGCUUUUACCCGAAACCCAUCUUUCCAAAAUGGAAAAUAUGCCUGUACAUUUUGAAGUAACAGCUAGGGUCUUAGGGCUACAACAGUAAAUAGUCAGAGUGAUCUGACAGUCCUGUUAAUGUCAGUGUGUGUAAAAGCUAUAACACUACUUAACACUGAAAGUUAUGUUGAAUGCAUUACGAUGUGGUUUAUAAUGCAUUAUAAAACAUGUUAUAAUCAUGUAUGACCCCUCCCCCCUUUGAUAAAGUCUUACCUCAUAAUGAUCAUCUCAAAUUUCAGUCAGUUGAAAACAUGAUACAUAGAGAGACGUAUUACAGGCUUUUAAAACAAGACUGAUGCUUUCUUACAACAGGUAAUAAAGUGUUGUAGCUGCUUCAAGUGGUACUAGUUAUACCACCUGUUGUGUUGAUUCUCUCAGGGUACUUUUACUGUGUGCACUGGGAAGACCUUGCAAGCUGUAGGGUUUUUAACCCAUUGAGGUCUAACAGUAUAUGUACUGUAUUUGUGUUUUCCAUUGUCAUCAUUGAAGCCUUCAUUAACAGUUCUUUAGAACACAUAUUUAGCCUAGCUGAUUAUGGGAAUAGUCUGUGCCAUUGUGAAUAUGAUAUGGAAGAAUUAUUAAAAGUUUUAAAAAAUGA